AGAACUUCAAGAAAACGAGAAACAACCAUUCGUCCUGGAUGGCUUAGACCUCCCUCCACUGCUGUCUGGCUGAGACAGUCCCUUGAGAGAGUGAGACGGUGGCGAAACCAUCACAGAAUGAUGGAGACAGGAUAACGAGGGUCAGAGAGUGAGAAGCGUGGAGCCCUGCUCAGAGUCUCAAAAAGAAAAGACAGCUGCCCUGAGACCACCUCCUCUCCCAUCUCCCAGCUCUUCUUUUGCCUUGAUCCAUCCAACAUUUUUCCUUCCUAGGCUAAUGACAGUCAAGCCAAUGUUAUUUUUUGAAAAUUGUGGUCAAGUCUUCCCAUUGAGAGAAUACAAUCUGGGAGAGAAAAUCCUCCUCAACAUCUUCUCAGAGCAGAGUCUGAAGAGAGAGACAGGAGAUGAAGGAAAGUAAUGAACAUGCAAGAACACGGGCUCCUAUAGUCCAAGUCCACAUGAGGGCCCUGAUUCCAUGAGUGUACAUGCAGGGACUGGACUAGAGGCCUCCGCACAGCUCCCGGGACAGAUUCUCCUGACGCGGAGCAGGGGCUUCCAGGCGGGCUGGAGAUGAACAGGUUUCCCCACCCAUCACGGAACCAGCCCUUCUGCACCCAGGCAGCCACCUGGGAACCAAGGACGGUGACAUCCAAAAAGCACAACCCAGCGGCCUCCUCCCUGGGCUUUCUGCUCUCAUCUGGUGUCCAAGUUUCACUUUGGGCUCCUGAGGUCACACUUGUUCCCAGAUCCUCCAACCUGAACUGUGACAGAGUAGUGCCCUCUAGGUGCAAAGAACGGGAACCUACGUGCCCUGGCCUCUCCCUUCCCUCACUCUCCCACACCAGGCUCAAAGAAAAGGCUGCUUAUAGGCUCAUGAUACCAAUUUACUAUUUGGUACUAAAAUUCACUAGAAAAGCCCAUUUACAUCUUGACCUGCAGUUAGGCUGGAAACCAUAGGAGGGAAAGGAAAAUUGAUCAGGUCAUUGAAGGGGGCCUUGGUCUCUGUGUACUAAUUCCAGUGCAUGGUUGGGACUCAAACCUGUUUGUUGAUAAGUACUUUCAUAUCAGUAACGUCUAGUGUGUUGGAUUAGAAUCUCCCAGGUGACUUUUAAAAAAGAACAAAAAAUUGGCUUUUGCCCCUGCAAACUCAGUAGGACUAAGGUAAGCCCUGGGGUAGUUGCAGUUUUUAAAGCCCCACAAGUAAUUCUACUGGGCAGCCAGGUUUGGACCACUGGUGGGGAGGCAACCAGGAGCUGGAUGGAAGGCCUGCUGUCUCUGCAUGCUAUUGGGUGAAUCCCGUCUUUGCUCUCAGUUUUUCCAUAUCUUAAAUGGGAAGAACUAGUCUGAGAUUCUUGCACCUUCCUUUACCCUCUCCAAGUGAGAAACGCUUCUUCUCCUCCCAUUCCUCCCAGAAAUAAAUCUACUUCCCUGGUCUGUACUCUGCCUUUCGAUCCAGCUGCCAAGCACUCAGGGCUCCUCUUGGAGGGAAGCCUUGGGGAAUGGAGUAAGCUGGCACAUAAAUUCUUUUUCCUACAAAGCCCAGCUGAAGCGGCCAAUCCCUCCAGGAACAGAGUGGAUGACUGAAUGGCCGUGGACUCACCCCGGGACACCUGCACUCCCUCCCCACCAGGCCUUGGCAGGUGUUGGGAACAGCUUUCCCUGUCCUGUAUGUGGGCUACCAAGCCCCUCAAUUUUCUCCUUCCCUCAAAGCCUCCCUGGACCACAGCAUCCACCCACCAUGACCUCUUCCUUUUAGGAAUGCCAUUGGCAUGUCUUACAUGCCCCAGUCCUGUGGCUCCACUUACACAGUGCCUUGUGUUGAACAAAGUUUUUCACAGCUCAAUUAUAUUUUAAGCCUCUGGAAGGUAUAUUUGUCCUGCUUUUUAUUAUUUCUAUAACUCCCUCCUUUCCAUCUCUCUUGCACAGAGAAGGUGCUCAGUAGCUGCUGAUGGCCUCACAGUUACUUCCCAUCUCUUCACCAUCCCAACCAGAAGAGGAAAUAUGGGCCACAUGAUCCUGAGUGAUUUGCACUUCAAUUCUGAAAGCUAGCUAUUUCUUCAAUUAGCUAAGAUGUGAUACUAUAUUUAUGAACCAUUCUGUGGCCAUUACUAAAGAAGACUGUUUUAUACAUAUGCAUUUAAAUGUCAUACAUCUUCUAUCCAACCCUGGGGAGACAGGUACCAUGUAUCCUGGAGAGAUACCCUGAGCAAAUGCCUGGGUUUACUGGAGAAAAACCGAGUGCUUUGCCUUACUGCCCCUCACCCUCAUGGCUUUAACUCUAAUGUGCUGUGUGGGUCUGGACAUCUUGCAAAGUGCUUAGGAGGUCUGGAGUCAGAUCUAGAUUCAAAUCCAGCUUCUUCCACAUUAGCUGUCUGUCUUUGGGAAAGUUACUUAAACUGUAUGCACCCGUGUCUUGGUCUAUAUAAAGGAAACACACCACCUCCUCAAAGGGUUAUUCUGAAGAUGAGAUGAGUUUCUACAAGUAAAGCACUUAGAACAGUGAGUGGACUAGUAAGCUUUCUGUAAGUGUUAGCUGUCACUGGGAUUCUUUGGAGAAGCAGGCUCCGGAGUCGGAAGACUUUAUCCUAGCUCUGCCAUUUAAUUGCUUUGUGACUUUGGACAUAUGAAGCCCAAGAUCUCUAUUUCUUCAUGUAUGAUAUUAAUAUACUGAUAAUGCCUGUUGUGCCUAUCUCACAAAGUUACAGUGAGGUUUAAAUGCGUUAAUAGAUGUGAAAAUGCUUUAUAAACUGCACAAAACUGUACGGGUGUAGAGGACUGAAUGUCAUCUUUUUGCCUGCACCUGGGUUUGCACAGGCCUUGCAUUAGAGUUACUUUUUAUCUGCCUCCUCCGUUAGAUUUGAGCUCCUUGAGGCAGGAAUCACAUCCUGCUCUCUCCUACAUCCACCGCGAUUUCUAGCUCGAGGCCUGUACAAGACAUGUCCUCCGUAAUUGGGAAACUGGAAGCACAGCUGCCUGCUGGUGUGUUUCUCUGGUCUGUGCUUCCGCAGCUUGCUCCCCUGUGGGCAGGUGCGAGGACUGCCUUCCCCCAUCAGGUGGAGCUCCCCAGAAGGCACUCCUGUGGGCAGCAUCUACAACAGGCGUCCAGUCCCAGAGCUGGCCACCCACGUGUAGACACUAACUCUGGGGACACCCUGUCUUGGACACUGAUCCCCGAUGCUCCACCAGCAGCCUUCCCAGUCCUCACGAGAUCUCUGACAAGCGCCCCUGCUACUGGAGAGACUGUCAUUACCAGUUCAGUUGCUCCAGACAGUCCACACCAGAGAAACUCAGAAAUGGAGCCUAGGCAUUUUCCGUGACCUCCGGGCCUUGUUUUCUUUCUCCCCAAGACAGCAACUUGGGGUUUUGUGCCCCUGCUCCCAGCUCCCAUAUCUUUCAUGGGGAGUGUCGGGGUGCUGCUUGUCUAUGGUAUCGAGCUUCAGGGUCGCACAGAGCAGGCACUGGGUAGGUCCUUGCUGACUGGGAGCUACAGAACUAAGGAAACCACAAUGAGCAGACCCGACGAUGGGAGAUUAAUUGCCUGGGAGUCAGUCGACUGCAUGGCUGAAGCUGGAUUUUUUGGGAACCGCUGGCUGCCUUCACAUUUCCUGGUGGAAGUGGGACAGGUCAACAGACAACCCAGAGUCACAGAUAACUUUUGCCCACACGUCAUUCACUUUUUGGAGCGUUGGCUUGAAAUUGAGGGGUGUGUGUGUCUGGAACCGACGUGCCUUCCGUGCGCCCGAGAGGUCUCAGAGGUUUUUGCACUUUCUUCAAAUGGGCUGAUUACAACAGAGAGGAUGUGGACAGUACAGUUUUUCCUGUUUGAUGUCACACUGCUACCCUUUAAAAGUCCAGGCGAAAAAGGAGGGAAUCCAGCCUUGGAUCCUCACACCGGCUACUUGCAAGGAAGAGGAGGAGGAAAAGGCCAGCCAGGCCGGCCGCGGGGGGAGUGUCCGGUUUCAGUGUCAGCACCAGCCAUUCAGAGUGCGCGAUGCUGGGGGCCUGCCUCAGGCUCUGGGUCUGUGCCCUGUGCAGUGUCUGCGGCGUGAGCGUCGUCAGAGCCUAUCCCAACGCCUCCCCGCUGCUCGCCUCCAGCUGGGGUGGCCUGAUCCACCUGUACACGGCCACGGCCAGGAACAGCUACCACCUGCAGAUCCACAAGGACGGCCAUGUGGACGGCACACCCCACCAGACCAUCUACAGUGCCUUGAUGAUCAGGUCAGAGGAUGCUGGCUUUGUGGUGAUCACAGGUGUGAUGAGCAGAAGAUACCUCUGCAUGGAUUUCAGAGGCAACAUUUUUGGAUCACAUGUCUUCAGCGCGGAGAGCUGCAGGUUCAGACAGCGGACGCUGGAGAACGGCUUCGACGUGUACCAGUCGCCUCAGCACCACUUCCUGGUCAGCCUGGGCCGCGCCAAGCGGGCCUUCCUGCCGGGCGCGAACCCGCCGCCCUUCUCCCAGUUCCUGCCGCGGCGGAACGAGCUCCCGCUGCUGCUCUUCCACACGGCGCGGCCGCGGCGCCACACGCGCAGCGCCGAGGACGAGGAGCCCGACCCCCUCAGCGUGCUGAAGCCGCGGCCCCGCGUCACGCCGGCGCCCGCCUCCUGCUCGCAGGAGCUCCCGAGCGCCGAGGACGACAGCGCGGCGGCCCGCGACCCUCUGGGCGUGCUCCGCGGCGACAGGGUGAACGCACGCGCCGCGGGCGCCGGCCCCCGAAGGUGCCGCCCCUUCCCCAGGUACAUUUAGGGAGCCCGAAAGGAACCUCCUUCACCAGUCUGUCUUCCAGCAAACCAAACCGUCGUCACGGGGCGGCCGCCUUCACACGCCAGGAAGGGAGAGUGGGGUGGCCGUGGCAGUAGCCGCUCCUCUCUGCUCCCCUCCCCAGGACGCCCCCUGAGCGUCAACCUGCGGGGCCAGAGUAGCUGGGUUUCACCGCCUUCCUCACCCGCAUAUACCGCUGUCCUGAAUAAGAAACCCAGCGUGUAAACUACCAAUUUCCCCUUCAGUAAGGGGGAAAGAAGGGAUCCUCCCUCCCGCCCCCCGCCAGAUUUCUCUUCUCUGUGCCUGUCUUCUUAGUCAGCUUAGCAUUAAGCAAAAGCAGUGGGUUGGGGACUCACUGCUUGGAAUGGGAAGCGGCAGUCCCAGAAGCCUCUCCACUGCCCCCUGCAUCGUCGCGUGCUGGGAUCCUGGGGGCAGGUGCGUUUGCAACCUUGACAUUAACAGCUGAACUGGGCCGAGCAGAUGAGGACGCCUUUGUUCUUCCUGGAUUAUCUCUGGGGAAGAGCUGUCAAAAAAGACUGGUGGUCGCUGGUCAAAACUUGACCCCUAGACUGCUGGGUGAACUAGGGCAGAAUUGGGCUGGAACACUCACCUCCCCACCAGGGACACCCUUUGCCUGCCUCUCUCCCUCUGUGCAGUGGAGCCAGAGGGCUGAGAUGGACCUGCUCUGUGCCCAAGUGGCUCAUGAUAUGGCCUUGCCUCUUGUCUCCAUCCUUGGUUUUAGUGAAUUUGGCCUGAGGAAUGGAGUUUGUAUCAGCUCAUGAAAAUCUACCCUGCUUUUCAAAAUAUAGAUAAAUUCAGACUCUCCUAAGAGGCAUUUAAUUAAGCCUCUACUUCCAGGUUGAGUAGUUAUCCAUUCCAGAAAAUUACAAAAAUGUGACUGGGGAGAGGGGCCUUGAGACACUGGGACUGCUCUGGGUUAGAUUUUCUGUGGACUGAAAAAUUGUGUCCUUUUCCCUAAGUGAAAUGGCAUCAAGGACUCAGGGGAAAAGGAAGUCCACUAACCAGGGUACAAGCUGUAGGAGUUAUGAAAGGAACACUGUCAGGCUCUUGACCAUGGUCUCAUUAGUGCUCUGUAGCAGUGGCUAUGGGAUUAGUUUAAACACUUCUAGGCUGACACAUCUAUGUGAAUUUCCACUUGGACAUUCUUGGGGCAUUAAAUGAAGACAGUCACAGAAGCCCCAGUGCCACCCUGCGGGAAACAAAGCCUCACUUAGCAAACAGCUGAGAAGGCCAGGCAGGUGGGACUGAUGUGAGCCCUCAUCCUAGCUGUACCCCAUUACUGCGAUUCUUCCCACAAGGGCCCCUCUUUUCCUACUUCUAUUUGAAUGACCACCUGAAGAGCAGAAUCUUAACCAGCAAAGUAGAUUUAAACAACAGCUUCUUCCCAGUCACCUUUUUCUUAAAUGCCAUCAUGUACCAAACCACCUUAAAAAUUGAUGCAUUCUUUUUAGUUAUCAGAGAAACAUUGAACAAGGUUUUAAGCUGAACUUGAAGGGCCAGUUUAUAUUCCGAAGCACUAAAACUAUGUAUAACAGUUUAUAGCUAUACAUGGCAAAUAUUUUCUUUAAUAGUUUUCAUUUCCUGUCAGGGAUAUUGUCCUAUAUAACAGCUAUUGGAGGCUCCUCAAUACUGUUGACUAGAUGAAAAAUCCCAGAAGGACCUUGUUAGAAAACUGGUUGUAAUCUCAUGGAUAUAACACCACCAUAGGGUUUUUCUUUUUAACAGAGCCAAAGGAGCCCCACAAUUUCUUAUGUCCCUUAGCAUGUGGCAAUAUUUAUUUAUUUAUUUGGAAGAUUUUGCCUAUCAUUCUAUAUUUAUAGAUAUGUAUAAAAAUGUAACCCCACCUUCUUCCUUUCUUUUUAAAAGAAAAAUAAACUUUAUCUCAUCUUCUGUUAGCUGCUUCUUUUUGUAUUGCUACACAAAAACAUGUCAGAAUAUGAGAGCAAAAGGCAUUAUGGGAGGGGAACACUGGGAAAAUAUAGACAAGGCAAAAUUGAAAAAAGAUAUCAAAAUCUUACUAUUCAAAGGUUUCAUUCAUAAGCAGACUCAAUAAUUUUAAUUCAUCUAGACAGAAUUAUUAAAAACAAGGAAAUUUUUAUCAAUAUUGGAUUUCUGAUUACUCUAGCCCUAAAGUGUUUCCUUCAAAGAGAGAAAUUUUUUUAUUUGAAAAAUACACAUUGGCACAACCACAUCCAUAUCUUAGUAAAUAGAUGUUAUGUACUUAACACUUAUAGGGUUCCUGCCCUGUAAGCAUUGAGAGCAGAAUACCAAGACAAUGAAUCUACAUGCCUUCUCCUUCUGAGGCUGGUGUUCCCAGAAUUCCUUCUUUAAUCUCCAUCUGGCUACCAAAACACAGGAAGCAAAGAUGCUUAUUACACAUUCACAUUUCUCUGUAUUCA